UCCUUGGUUCUCUCUAGCCCCACUCCGGAGGACCAUACUCGUUUUCUUUGAGGCUGUGAGGGGCCCCCUCAGCCACGGCUGAGGUGGAAGAAAGAUGGCGGCAGCCGUGCGACAGGAUUUGGCCCAGCUCAUGAAUUCGAGCGGCUCUCAUAAAGAUCUGGCGGGCAAGUAUCGACAGAUCCUGGAAAAAGCCAUUCAGUUAUCUGGGGCAGAACAACUAGAAGCUUUGAAAGCUUUUGUGGAAGCAAUGGUAAAUGAGAAUGUCAGUCUUGUGAUCUCACGACAGUUGCUGACUGAUUUUUGCACACAUCUGCCUAACCUGCCUGAUAGCACAGCCAAAGAAAUCUAUCACUUUACCUUGGAAAAGAUCCAGCCUAGAGUCAUUUCAUUUGAGGAGCAGGUUGCUUCCAUAAGGCAGCAUCUUGCAUCUAUAUAUGAGAAAGAAGAAGAUUGGAGAAAUGCAGCCCAAGUGUUGGUGGGAAUUCCUUUGGAAACAGGACAAAAACAGUACAAUGUAGAUUAUAAACUGGAGACUUACCUCAAGAUUGCUAGACUGUAUCUGGAGGAUGAUGAUCCAGUCCAGGCAGAGGCUUACAUAAAUCGAGCAUCAUUGCUUCAGAAUGAAUCCACCAAUGAGCAGUUACAGAUACAUUAUAAGGUAUGCUACGCACGAGUUCUUGAUUAUAGAAGAAAAUUCAUUGAAGCUGCACAACGGUACAAUGAGCUCUCUUACAAGACAAUAGUCCAUGAAAGUGAGAGACUAGAGGCCUUAAAACAUGCUUUGCACUGUACCAUCCUAGCAUCAGCAGGACAGCAGCGUUCUCGAAUGCUCGCUACUCUUUUUAAGGAUGAAAGGUGCCAGCAACUUGCUGCUUAUGGAAUCCUAGAGAAAAUGUACCUAGAUAGGAUCAUCAGAGGAAAUCAGCUUCAAGAAUUUGCUGCCAUGCUGAUGCCUCACCAAAAAGCAACUACAGCGGAUGGUUCCAGCAUCUUGGACAGAGCUGUUAUUGAGCACAAUUUGCUGUCUGCAAGCAAGUUAUAUAAUAAUAUUACCUUUGAAGAACUUGGAGCUCUUUUGGAGAUCCCAGCAGCUAAGGCAGAAAAGAUAGCAUCUCAAAUGAUAACAGAAGGACGGAUGAAUGGAUUUAUUGACCAGAUUGAUGGAAUAGUUCAUUUUGAAAGGGAACCCCUGCCCAUUCAGCAUCCUGGUUCCACCCUUGCCCUAGAAGUCGGUCUUCUGUCUCCAGGGCUCCACCUGUUCUGGAUAUUUCAUGGAAAUGAAGCCGUGCCAUGUGUGACCUUUUGGUUUCCCCUACUCAGCAUCGUAUUGUUGAGGUUCCUCCCUGUUGUAGCAUAUGCACGAGAAGCCCUGCCAACAUGGGACAAGCAGAUCCAGUCACUUUGUUUCCAAGUGAAUAACCUUUUGGAGAAAAUUAGUCAAACAGCCCCAGAAUGGACAGCACAAGCCAUGGAAGCCCAGAUGGCUCAGUGAGUCAUCUCAGAACUUGUGUGCACACUACAUCUUUUUCCAUGUUGUGCAGAUUGGUUUCACUGUCUCUCCAAAGCAUUUGCAUCAUGACCUUAUACAUUUCAACCCCUUUUAUGCUGGAUUCCAUUUAAAGAAGAUAUUAGAGCAGGAAGUUCAAGCAUUUAAAAAUAGCUAGUUUCCAUAUAUUCAGGGUCUCUGUGCAUUAAACUAACUCAGAUGUUUUGAAAGCUGUUUCUUUCAAUGGAGUAGGUGAAAUACCUGUGGCUAAAAAGUUUGGGAUUUGUGAUAACUUUGUAGUCAUGUAAAACUUAAGUGCUUUGUGCCUCUCCAAAUGUGGUUAUUCUAAUAAAUCGAGAAAUGAGCUAAAUAAAAGUAGUACUUUGGUUUUAA